UACGACGUCCCCGCGAUCCGCGCGUACUGGAGCGCGCGGCCGCUCACGUCGCUGUCGCGCACGUCGUCGCUCGUCGCGAAGCUCGCGACGUGGCUCGCGGGGUUCCUCGGCGACCUCGCGUCCGGCGCGGAGACGGUGGAGCGGAACGCGCCGAGACGCGCGGCGGCGCUUCGCGAUCUCAUCGCGUCGCAGGGGCCCGCGUUCGUGAAAGUGGGGCAGGCGGUGGCGAUCCGGCCGGACCUCCUCCCGAAGGCGUACCUCGAUGCGCUGCAGGAGCUCCUGGACCAGGUCGCGCCGUUCUCGAGCGAGGAAGCGCGCGCGCUCGUGAGGGCGCAGUUGGGCGGGCUGGACCUCGAGGACGUGUUCGAAGACGUCGGCGCGUUCGACGCGCCCGUCGCGGCGGCGUCCAUCGGACAGGUGUAUAAGGCUAAGCUGCGCGAGAGCGCGCCGGGGGUCGACGCGAGCGAGUUCGAGACGUGGGGCGGCGACGUCGCGGUGAAGGUGCAGCGGCCGCGGAUCCUCGAGGUCGUGACGCUCGACCUCAUCGUGAUUCGGUCCGCGUUGGAGGCGGCGAUCGCGACGUCCGCGAAGGGGUUCAUCCCCGUCCUCGACGUCGCCGCGGAGCGAUUCCUCGAGGAGCUGGAUUACACGUUAGAGGCGUCGAACGCGUCUCGGUUCGAGGCGGACAUGGCGAGCGUCGAGGUCGUGCGAGGCGCGGUGAAAGUCCCGCACGUCUAUCGCGGCGUCAGCGGGCGCCGCGUCCUCGCGCAGGAGUGGGUCGACGGGAAAAAGCUCACGGAGAUCACGUCCGAUCCGAGCACCGGGCCGCUGCGCGCGAAGCUCGUGCAGACGCUGCUGAACGCGUACAUGGUGCAGUUCUUGGAGACGGGGUUUCUUCACGCGGAUCCGCACCCGGGGAACUUCAUGCUCAUGCCGGACGGGAGGCUGUGCAUUCUCGAUUACGGGAUGAUGACGACGAUCGAGCCGGAACAGCGGAUCGCGUUCAUCGAGUACAUCGCGCAUCUGAGCGCGAGGGAUUACGACAAAACCCUCGGCGACCUCGUGAACCUCGGGUUCGUCCCCAAAGAGCUCGCGAACGACCCGGUGAACCGCGCGAUCGUCACAGACGCGCUCAACGCGCAGAGCGCGUCUCGCGUCGGCGAGCUGUCAGACAAGCUCGAGGAGAUGGCGAAGCUGUACCCGCUGCAGCUCCCGCCGUAUUUCGUCUUGAUCCUUCGCGCGUUCGGCACCCUGGAAGGGUUAGGCCUCAGCGUGGACGAGAACUACGCCAUCGUGGACGAGUGCUUCCCGUACGUCGCGCGUCGGAUGCUCGCGGACGACUCGCCGCGGAUGCGCGCGGCGCUUCGAAGCUUCGUGUACGGCGGCGGCGAUCGCCUGAAGAUCUCGCGCGUGAGGGACAUC